AAAUCAAAACAAAAAAUACUGAAAAUUAAAAUUGAAAAAAAUUUUUUUUUAAUGCAAGUAAAUUGCAAAAUGUAAUGAUAAACCGGUGAUCUUGAGCAAAAAUAGUAAAAUUUAUGACAUUAUGCGCAUGUUUUUUGGUCAAUUGAACUUACUCAAGUUAUAGUCGUCACUCAGUCAAAAUAUAUUUGUAUAAAAUUCCGCAUUGAAUUUCAUCCUGUUCCCAUACCAUGUAUCGAGUAUUUAUAGCCGGUUUAACCGGCGGUGCUAUGGCCGGUUUAAUCUUCAAAUUUUUCUUAAAUAAAUCCGCAAAACCGGAUGCCCCACAACCGGAAAAAAAAUUGAAAGAUUGUCUAACGCUCUCAGACGAAGGACCGUUGUAUAAAUUAGCCUUAGUGGUGAAUAACGAGCUUAAAAUGACUGCAGGAAAAGUUCUUGCUCAGUGCUCUCACGCCGCACUCGGAGUAUACGAGAAAUACUCGACUGAUAAAAUGGAAAAUUUCUUAUUGUGGGAGCUGAAAGGAAAACCUAUAACGGUCUAUAAAGUAAACGAUUCCGAAACCCUGAUAGAGUUGCAAAAGGCCGCAAAAACGAAGAAUUUGAUGACUUAUAUUGUUCAAGAUGCAGGCAGAACUCAAAUAGCAUCCGGAUCUCGUACGGUGUUGGCUAUUGGACCCGAUGAAAGUGAAAAAUUACAAAGUAUCGUCAGUUAUUUACCUUUGUAUUAAUUUUUAUAUUCGAAAUUAUUUUUUCGUGAUGUAUCGAUGUUCCUGUGGCAUUAAAUUUCGUUCGUAUUCGCAUGUA